CCCUACACCCCCACUCCGCACUGGAAAUUGAGGAGGCUAAUUUCAGGAAUAGCCUGACACACACUGGGGAAGCUAUGGCUCUAUGAUCGGUCCUGGAGGAGCACAAACACACACACAUCGAUCCACACCUGGCCGACCCUGCCGCAGCCUGGAUUUUGCCACACCACAGAUAUGCAUCUGAAGAAACUGGUAGAGCACAGAAAGGAAGCUCUGUCUGUGGUGAGUGACGACCAGUCCCUAUUUGAGUCAGCCUAUGGAGCAACCUCACAGCUAGCCAAGGCAGAAAUGACAGCGUCGGGGAACUCGGACUAUGGCCAGCCGCAUAAGAUUAACCCCCUGGUGCCACACCAAGAAUGGAUCAGCCCACCAAUGCGGCUUAACAUCAAAAGGGAAUAUGAACAUAUGAAUGGCUCCAGGGAAUCUCCUGUGGAUUGCAGCGUCAACAAAUGUAGCAAACUCAUUGGUUCGGAGAAUAACGGGAUGGCUUACAACACCUUCAUGGAUGAGAAGAGCGCCCCUCCCCCAAACAUGACAACGAACGAAAGAAGAGUCAUUGUGCCUGCAGAUCCCAUGUUGUGGAGUCAGGAUCACGUACGGCAGUGGCUGGAAUGGGCCAUUAAGGAAUAUGGAUUGAUAGACAUGGACUCGUCCCUCUUCCAGAACUUAGAUGGAAAGGAUCUCUGCAAAAUGACAAAGGAAGAUUUCAUGCGCACCACAUCUCUCUACAAUACGGAGGUUCUACUUUCUCAUCUCAGCUACCUCAGGGAAAGCAGCAAUUCACUGGCAUACACUGCACCUUCACACACAGAGCAAUCGUCGAGAGGGACCCCCAAAGAAGAACCCUUGUAUGAGUCUGUCCGGAGAUCGGGCUGGGGAAAUAAUGUGAACUCGUCUGUUACAAAAAGUCCUCCAGUUGGGGGAACACAAAAUGUGAAUCCAAAAGCAGAACAGCAGCGUCCACAGCCAGACCCCUACCAAAUACUGGGACCCACAAGCAGCAGGCUGGCAAAUCCAGGCAGCGGCCAGAUCCAGCUGUGGCAGUUUCUCCUAGAGCUGCUCUCAGACAGUGCCAACGCUAACUGUAUCACCUGGGAGGGCACCAAUGGGGAAUUCAAAAUGACAGACCCCGACGAGGUGGCACGGAGAUGGGGCGAGCGGAAAAGCAAACCCAACAUGAACUAUGACAAGUUAAGCCGAGCGCUGAGAUACUACUAUGACAAAAAUAUUAUGACUAAGGUUCACGGCAAACGUUAUGCCUACAAAUUUGACUUUCACGGGAUUGCUCAAGCUCUACAGCCUCAUCCCACCGAAACAUCUAUGUACAAGUAUCCAUCUGAAUUCUCAUAUAUGCAACCUUAUCACACGCACCAACAGAAGGUUAACUUUGUACCGACGCACGCUUCGUCUAUGCCAGUAACGUCGUCUGGCUUUUUUGGACCAACUUCACCAUACUGGAGUUCACAGAAUGCAAACAUCUACCAAAACCCGGGCCUUCGGCAUCCUAACAGCCAUGUCCAGCCACACCUGGGAAGCUUCUAUUAGACCUUUUUCCUAACUUAAUUGGCGGUUCUUCCUUGACAUACAUCUCAUUGUUGUGGACAAAAUCCCCAAAUCACCUUGGAGUCCAGAGUGAACAAGUUUGAUACCAUAUCAGUAUUCAUUUUCUUUCUCCUCUUUGUUGACGUUGAAUGUGACCUCUGUGAGCCAGUAUUAGUUCAAGCUGCCAGGAAUCUGCUUGAACCCUGGGAUGCGAUAUGGAAAUAUAACCAGCACACACAGAGAGGAUCUAACCAAGAAAAUCCUAAUAUACUAUUUUUUAAAUUUUGACAUUUAUGUCAGCAUGUUUUGACAUUUGAACUUUAUAUAUUCUCAGAUGCACUGGAUGGCACAGGGAUAGUCUUUAAAGCUGACUGGAAAAACAGCAUAUAAAAAAGGACAGUAAUAAGAGCCUUACUUAUUACCUAUUGGAGUACACAACAUUCCAGCAACUAAUGUCACUGAAUACAGCGCAGGAAGAUUAGCUCAAGGUAACGCUUUAAGAACACAAUCCAGUCACCAAUUCUUCUUUUAGGGGUUUCCUUGCCCACAUUGAUUUAAAAAAAAAGGGGGAGUUCAUAACACUUAGAGGGCAUGCAUGGCAACCAAUCAGCUUCUUCAGUCAAGCUUUGAAAAUGAAAGUCAGAAGCUGUUUGGUUGCCAAUACACAGAGGUCUCAGUUUUGAUCAAAUUCUCCUCAUUUAUCAUGCAGGGAUUCACCCACAAAACACAUAAUCAGCUCCCUGGCUUGCUCUUGCCUCAGCACUGUUAUGGCCCACAGGCUUAGACCCUUGACUGAUCCUCCAGACAGUACCUAAAAGCCACAUAUGCAUCUCUGCUCACUGACUUGGAGCCACGUGCACAACUUGUGGGGGGCUGAAUUAUUGUCUCAUAAGGGCUGUGCACACCUGCCCAGUUUGGGUGCUUACCCCCACCAAGUCUCCAGGUCCCAAACCACGUUUAACAAAUGUUCAAAGAAACUAAAUUUCCUCCCAAUGACACAAGCACCUUGGAGCCCCUAAACCUGCCAGGUUGAGAACAAUGAGUGACACAAAACCCUUUUUAUACCGUGACAAUGCACCAUACUGCCACAAAGUCAAUCUAUAACAACAAUAGCUAUAAUAAAUAAAGAGGUCCUUUUAAUAAGCUUGCAUUAGUUCUUCAAAAAGAUGCGGGUUGAAUAGUGCCUAGAGAAUAAAAAGGGAGGCUGUAGUCCGUUUUCAGUGAGGAUACAUAUGCAACUUCUAUUAGAACAUUUUUGAAAAAUCCAAAGAGGAAAACAAGUCAAGACCAGGAAGCCUUUAGAAAACAAGGUCUGGAGUUGCCCAGUAAACUUAAAUAUAUCCAAAACAUAUUAUUGUCCAAAUUGGAUGACCUGAAAAAUUAGAAGCGACACCUAUAACAAAAUAUCCAUAUGCAAAAA